GGCGAAGAGAUCGGAUCUUGCGCAGAAGCUUUUGGAUGAUAUCCGCCUCCGUAAGGAGAAGAUGGGCAUUGCUCCGUCGAGACAGCGUUCGGCUGCUGCUCCUCCUGCUCCUGAUAAAGUAUAUAGGAACUCCCAGCGAGCAUUCCAAGAUUCAGGAGAGGCAAUCACCAAUAAGUCUCGUAGCAGAAACAUGUUUGAGGCAGAUGUGACAAAGAUGUGGCUUGGUACCAGACAGUACAGGACGCCAGGCGACAAAGGAAUGUCACAAGACAUCGUCCCAUUUGGAGCAAAACGACUCGAACAAAACAUUGAUGUGUCAAUGGCCCUUGCACUGGCACUAAGCAAAACUGGCAAACUUCAAAACAUAGAACUUAUCAUGAACUAUGGAUCAAUGAAUGGUCGAUCCAUGUCAAAUAUCACAAGGCUUAAUUCAGAUGGAUUUCCCAUUCUUUCCAAUUUGCAUAUAGGAGAGGUAUCCAAAGGAGUUCAGAAAUUAAAUAAAAUCCUCAAUGAUCACUCCGAUGGGCUUCAAUUUAGCAGGAAUUCUAUUGACAUUGGAAGGGAACUCCUGAGAGGGGCAAUGGACUUGGAAGAGUCUUUGAAAAUGCUUGUGACACUCCAAGAAGCUUCAGAUUACAUGGUUGGUUCCAAUGGGAGACAGGUCAGGUUACUGAAAGGAAAAGAAGAUGAAUCAUCAUCCUCCGACAAAGUACAUCAGAAAAAGCAACUGGACAGACCUAGGUUCUCGUUUGAUGUAUCCCCAAAAUACUUGUGUGAAAUGGGAAGGGACAACAAGAAGACCAACAUUGAGCCAAAAUCCAUUGGUUGCAACAUAUUCUGUACCAAAACUGAUAUGCAGCACACAAACACAAGUGAAAAGCCUCACAGAGGAGAGACAUUUUCACUAUUGAAUGGUGCCUCCACUUCAAAAAGCAAUAAGCUGGGUGGCAAAGGUGGGCCACCUAGUGAGAAGUCAACAGGCCAGAAAGUUCACAAGGUGACAUAUUCAGAAAAAGCGGUGUUUAGAUCAGACAAUGCCAACAAGGUAUCAGGAGAAAGAGGAAUUAGAGAAACAAAUGCCGCAAAGAACAUUGAGUCAGUAUCUGACAAUGGAAAGGUAAAUAUGGGAAAUCUAAACCACACAGAAAACAAGAAACCAGCUUCAAGAUUGCAUGCCAAAAUUAUUAAGCAGAUCGAUAUGAAUAACGUGAACCAUGAGAAAGAAACCAGGGCAGCCAAGAAGAAGGAAGAGAGGGUGGAGGAGAACAGAGAAACAGACCAACACAAGUUCAAAGAAAGAAAUAGAAAGCCAGUCCAUGGUGUUGCGCAAGAUGUACAUACCGCCCCAGUGGCAACAUAUUAUCGCCACAAGGAGGAAGUUACCAAUGAAGAAGGAGAUCAAAAACAGAAAAGUAGCAUGAAGGGCAAUGCAGUGAGGCUGCAAAAUGAAGACCUUAAAUCAAAAGUCAAAAUUACAGUUAACAGAAGUGAGAAAGAAACAAAGCCUGAUGCAAAAAGCAAACAGCAGUAUGAAGAAGAGAAAAUAACUGACCUCAAGUUGAAGAACUUAGAGAAAUAUCCAGAUGAGACAAGCACCAAGAAGUUCUCCAGUAACUUGACAGUUUUAGCAAGCCAUAGAUGUUCGACAAAGGCAAAUAAUACAGGACAAAAGGAGAAUCUGAAAAGAAUUCAUAAUGAAAGAGCUAAACUAGUGAAGAAAGCAUCCACUUUUUAUGAAGAGGGCAUGAAAAUAUCAAAUGGAGGCUUGGACAGAAAAAUCUUCAAGACAGAUUCAACGACAGACCAAGAGAAGACUAAACAUUCUCUACAGAGAACAAAAAUCCAGAAUUUUGUGUGCAUUAAAUCUACAGAAAAGCCAGAUGUUUCACAAGUCGUAGGAAAAGAAAAUGAAAUUGACACCCCACAUGAAAAUGGCCAGCUACUAAAGCAGCAGUCUUCAGUUUUUCAAGAACAGGAACAAAGAUGCGAGGAUAACGAUAACAAAGCCACAGAAGAGAAGUUCAUAGAUCUACCAGAGAACCAAGAAAACCAAUUCCAACAGGAAAUGACAUGCACCUCCCUUUCAUGUGGUCCACUCACAGAUGAUUGUGAGAAAUUAAGGGUAACCAGCAAUGAAGCUACUGUAGAGAACAAUAGCCAUGGCCCAACCAUCAGAACUGUCCUUCAGCAACUUCCAGAUAUCCCAGAAAAGGAAGACACUGAAGAAAUGUCAUUCAACAUAAAGGAAAAUGAUCACGAAGGUCCAACUGACAGCAUGCAGAUGCAGGACACAGACUUUGAGCAUGUGAAAUGGCAGAAACAGGAACUAUCUGAAAAUAUCAAAGAGGAGUCUCUUACAGAGAAAGGAAGCCCCUUCAAGAAGAUGGUAGUAAAUAACAAAAAUUUUCUAAAUACGGCACAAGCACUUUUCAAACUAGAGAUUCCCAUUGGCAUUCUCCAUGCAAGUGAAAAUGCAUACCCAGCUGAAGACAGUAAGGGCACUCUAGACUGUGUGUAUGAAGUAAUGAGACGGAAAAACAGAAGAGAAGAGUCCAAUUUCGCCUUGAGACUAUCUAUUGCACCUAUAAGGGAGAGAUCUUUAGAUGAUCUCAUCCAAGAGUUGAAUGGUGAUCUUCAAAACUUAAAAUGCCCCAUCACAAAAGAGGGUGGCGACUAUGAUACUGCAGAAAUGCUGCACAAGAUGCUUGCAAGAGAUAUUCAAAACUGUAAUCCAGAUAUCAACUGCAUGUGGGAUCUUGGGUGGACCAUGAUGCUAUUUGCAGAUGCAGAAAAAGAUGAAGUGGUAAGGGAUGUGGAGAAGCACAUCUUGAACAUGCUAAUCAAUGAGUUUGCACUGGAUAUCUUGAAUUUAAACAUCACAGUGUAAUAUAUAGAUGCCUGUUAAGAUCUCAAAGGUCGUUGUUGCGUUGCACCAUCAAGUCGGUAUAAGUUGGAUUGUAGGAAAGGUAGUGUGAUGAGAGGUGUUGGAAUUCUAAAGAAGACAGCAGAUGGCAUGCAAGCUUUAUUCUAUGUAAGUUUCUUUGCCAGAACUAAUUUGCAAACUAUACACAGAGUGUACUGACUACAUCUGUAAAGCCCAAAUGGCAAAUUACAAAAGUGAAAUUCUGGCCUUCAAAGUUUUUUUAUGUAUACAGAAUCAUUCAUAUUGUUAGACAUAGAGGUGAGCUAUAUGAUGAAUAUUUUUCUCCCUUUGGCUUUGAGGGAUAGAGUUCAUGAAAUCAG